UUUCAAAACAGCCCCGUAUUUGGUCCAGGGCAUGUUGGCGGAAGACGAGAGCACAUAUGUAGUCAAGAAAAUAGGAGGUCGGGUUAGUAAAGCAAAAAGUUGCAGUAAAGAUCAAAAAUGUAAAGUGAAUAGCCCACGUGAUAGUGAUAAGGAUAGUUAUAGCAAGAAUAGAGGAGAUUGA